AUGGCAAGCAAUGGGAUUCGCAGAAAGGAUACGACAAAGGGACCGCCGUUGCGCAUCCUGUCCCUAGAUGGUGGAGGCGUGCGGGGGUACUCCAUGCUCAUUAUCCUGCAGGAAUUGAUGCAUCGAACAUUUGUCGAAAUACAUGGUCGGGCACCCAAAAGACACGAAGUACCAAAGCCAUGCGAACAUUUCGACCUUAUCGUAGGGACAGGCACCGGCGGUCUGAUUGCUAUAAUGCUUGGGCGGCUAAGGAUGGACGUGGAGACGUGCAAAGACGUCUACGUGCGCAUGACGAGAAGAGUUUUUGAAACGGACAAGACAUUUGCGGGCAUACCUUACCGGUCAACAUUGUUCAAGGCCUCGAAGCUGGAGGAAGCCAUCAUGCAGUGUGUGCGCGAGCACACCAUCUACGAUGACGAAGGCAACGACAGUCACGAAGGGCGGGAGUCGCUGCCUAUGACACCAGGGAGCGCCACGUCAGGCCGUAUGCACAGGAGUGCUAGUAACGCCAGCAACUACAGCCAGAUUGGCAUGUCGCCCGUCAACAUGCGCAUCGCUGCCAUGAAGUGGGGGAACCCACACGCUUUGCUCUACGACAAUCGCGAAGAGCGCACCAAGACUGCUGUCACGGCCGUCUACAAAGGUACCAGAAAGUCCAGUGGGGGCCAGAUACUUCUUCGCUCCUACGACUCGCGCAAGGAGCCUGCUAUCGAACCCAACGCGACGAUAUGGCAAGCCGGUCGAGCAACUUCUGCGACUGCUUUGGCUUUCAAGCCCAUCCAGAUUGGUCAAUCAGUCUUUCUUGAUGAAGGCUCUGGCAAAUAUAACCCAGCACCUAUGGCUUUGGACGAAGCCGUUUGCAACGAAUGGCCUGGGCGUGAAGUUGGUGUCUUCGUCAGCAUUGGUACUGGAAAACGACCGGAGGGUACGAAUGCGCAGCAACACUUGUGGUGGGAAGGCUUUGUUUCUGGUGGCAUGGGAGACUUUGCCGAGGCUAGGCGGAGACUGAUAUCCAAGAUCGAAGGAUGUGAGAAGACACACAAAGAGAUGAAGGACCACCUCGCAAAACGACAUGUUAACCAGGAGAACUACUACCGCCUGAACGUAAACGUUGGCGUAGGCGAGUUUGGCAUGAACGAAUGGAACGCCUUGGCCGAUAUCAGCACGAACACGCGCAUGUACCUGGCGGACCAGACUGUACAAGGUAUGACGUUGGACGCAGCCGCAAAGAUUGCACGUAUCCACUUCGCCAAAAUACGAUGGGAGCGCGCGGCCAAAGGAGAAUCACCAUUCUCGCCUGGUGCACAAGCACCGAACAAGCCUCUUCCCAGUGUCCCAGAUCCAGCGCCCAUGGCCGUCGAACUCCCUGCCGAGGAACUCUCACCCGAGUAUUACACAAACAUUCACCCAGCCUUCCGGCCUCCACCAGCAGACCAGCGUCGGCCAUCAGAAAACGACAAGUACCUGGUGGUAAAUUCUGAUGAGCACCCACCAUCGCCAGUCUCCGAAAAUUACCAUGACCUGAUACAUCGACAUUCUGGCGAGCUUGUUGCUCCUGGCCGCCGCUCACAUGAGCAAUUCUCAGCUGGGCGCCCGAUAUCAAUGGUCAGCUCGGCAACUAGCUGGGAUGAUCGUAUGUCAAACGCACCACCUAGACCUCCCAAGACACCUCUGCAAGACGGAAGACCUCCUCCACCUCUUUCAGGUGUGUUGCCCAUGUCGCCCAUGUCGCCACCUCCCGGUUCGUCAUUCUCGAGACCGCCACCUGGUGCACCUUUACCAUAUCCGGAUACGGAUGGACCGCCUCCAAUCGUCAACAAAGCGACAAAGCCGGAUUAUACGCGGUAG